GAUUAUGUCCCAGCCAGGAUGAGGAGAAAAAAUUCUGUGAACCAAAAUGACUAAGUUUUGUUUCCUUCGCAUGGAUGAUGAACACGAUUUUCUCCGUAGUGGGAGUAUCGUCAUUAUGCAUAGCAGAACGAUAUGAACAUCAUUGUUAGUGAUACUAAUAGGGCUAGGUCCAGGACAAUAAUUUCUCAUAGCCGCAGCUCGUACGAUCCGUAUGUUCUGCCAGAGUGGCGUUUGGUGCGGUGGGGAGUGCGAUCGGCAUGGCGGAACGUGAUGUAGCUUCCGAGGACUCUUGGAGCAACUCGGAUGGAACUGCUGAUGAUUCGCUCGACGGAAAUCCUGACAGCAGAACCCCACGGCAUUCUCAACUCCCGAUAGUGUCUCCUUCGGACAAAUCAGAGAGAUAUUUUGCAACAAUGAACCGCUCGUCCAGACGGCACGUCAUGCCCGAAGAGGCAUCAGCAGGAAGAACGCUAAGCUACUUGUCACCAGAGAAUCCGCUCAGUGCUGCAGACGACGAUCAGCGCCGCGAUAGCAGCGCAGGCAGCCUGACGGAGGACACAGUAGAUUUGUGCGCGCGAGGCGAUGCUGUACCGGCAGCAGGUGGACAGUCCGAGGCUUAUGACGAGGAUGAAGAUGAAGAUGCUGAAGGCACACUCUCGGAUCCAUCUCAACAAGACAUUCUGGAUCAUGGGUCUGAGAGGAGAAGAAGAAGUCGCGAACCCCGCAGCCACCAUUUGGAUGCGUCACACGCGUCAAUGCUUGGCCGUCCCGGAGAUCCUAAUCUUUGGCCACUGAUGGAGGAGUUGAUGAGUCUGGAAAGCGAAUUGACGAAAGAGGCCAAGCGACUGUACGAGCGCAAACAGCGACUGAAGAAGCGGGAACAGCGCGCUGCGGAGCUUGAGCGCCUGGCGUGUCAAUCUCAUGAUCGCCUGGCACAGUGUGCCGAGUUGGAGGUCACUCAGCGUUGGAGUAAACUGGAAGAGGAACGCAGAGCGCACACACAUAACCUAAUGGAGCUCGUGAGGCGACGUGACAAAGAGGUGCAGCGACUGGAGGCCUCGUUCUCCACCAUGCGGGAAGCCAACCAUGAAUUGAAGGAGAAGGUAUCCAAGCUGGAGACAGAAAGCAUUGCCUUCAGCAAACAACUAUCCUCGUCACAGAGACGCGUGCGAAAUCUGCAGGCUCGCUGUCGACUGCAAGAUCAGCACCAGAACUCGGCGGAGGUGGUACGAGAAGCCAUGGCAAGAUCCAAGCGAGUGCAAGACGCGGGCCAUGCUCAAUCAAGCUCAUCUGGACGCAGCGCGGCGUCCACGGUUCAGAGCAGCUCACAGCAAGACGGGCGCUACAUCAUUCCGUUCUGCACCCUCCUGGAGUGGAUCGUUGAUGCCCAGCUGAUGUCCUCGUGGAAGAAGGUGCAGCACGGUCCAACGAAAAUGAAGCCAGACGAGUUUCAGGCACAGUGUGCAAAGCUCUUGCCUCUGGUGGUGGAGCUUCUAACUACGUGCGAUGUGAGCACGAUGGCCAAUCAGAUCGCGAUCCCCUGUCUACGCUUUGCUCUGGUGUCGUCUCGAUUCAUCACUCAUUCUUCCGUGUCGGCGGCAGUUCAAAGUCAACGAGCCUCUUUACUAAUGAUGUUCCGUCAUCUGGGUGAAGCUAUGACUCGUCCCAAGGGCUCCAAUCAGCCAGCCAUGUUAGCGUCCGCAAGUUGGCAUGUUCAGCUCCUAUCCUCACUUUUUGUCCUGGCCAAUGUCAACAGAACUGAUCUUGUCCUACAUGCAUUUGACGUGCUUCGGAAUAGUCUACGAAAUGCUGUGCAAAAGAGCAUCUUCCUCAACCACAGUGGAAUGGGCGUGAUUGUCAUGUUCAUGCGCUCCUCAACAGCACCGUCUCUUGUGUCAGCAGCUGUGGAUGUACACCUGCAUUUAGUCAACGAGCCAGCUAUCGUGGACAGAUUCUUGCAGGCCUGCUGUAACGAAGAGUGGUUCCACUCUGUCUCCUGCCUGCUACGCGACCACAAGAACUUUGUUCUUGCCGAGAAGCUAAGCAUCGUCCUUCAAAAACUGGCAACAGCAAGGAUUGCUCAGCAGCACUUUGUCGCCCAUCAGCUGGUUCCCAUAGCUGAGCAGCUCAUGCAGCGGUGCGGGCCUGACAAGGCUUUCCUGCUGCUCAAUCUCCGCUCCCUGGUGUCGCAGGUGACUGGUACUGUCAAGGAGGCAGCAAAACGUGCCAGAUCCUGAACAGCCACGCGUUCACUCUGUACCGCUCUUGUCCGUAGUCUGUGUUUUAAGUUUGGCAUGCCCCCCCCCCCCCCCAAGAAUGUGGUGGCUGUGAGAAGGAAGAGGAAAAACCUAUGCAAUAGCCUACCAUUAGCCAUGAACUUGAUGAGUGCUGCCCUGUUAAUCUGAAGUGCAUCUGAUUUAUGCAUCCCAUUUCUGUCUUCUACCCUGAACCACUACUUUAUUUGUAAAAUUAUCAUAUCUUGAGGGGUGUAUUAUCUCUGCCAGGUUGAAAGUGUUUUCUAAAGUGCUACAUGGACGCGCAGAAGGGCUGGUGACUUGACGGAGACUCACUGGGAGGAAUCGGGGUGAGGUAUCCCCGCAGCUUCACGACGAAGACACACUGGACGGAAUAAUUUCCCUGAAGAAACAGAAUUUAUUCGCGGAGUAGAAUCUAUAAUUGUAGGACAGAAGUAGGGAUGUCAGCCAUAUGAAUUGAGAGUGUACUGGUAUUUGACUCAGCUUCUAUAGUUGACACUGUCCUACAUGUAUAUGGUGCAGUGGUAUGUGCAGUCGAGUUCCAAUCCAGAGGUUGCGGGUUCAAUUCCCGACGAUUAUGGUCGAACACGCCUUUCUUCUCUUUCUUAUUCUCCCAUCUCUUCUUUCAUUCUCCUGGGUGCAACAGCCCUGCUAGUGCAUGCCGCAGUACUAUAGUAUGUGGUGUUGUGUGUACUUGUGUGCAAAAAAGGGAUUCACUGGCCAGAAAAAGCCACUUCAACCAGCCCUGUGGUGACCAGGCUAAAAUUAGAGGCGGUCAAUUCAUCAGCCUUGCAAGCUGUUGAAUGGUGUAAUCCCAGCACAAGUUGCUAUGUCUAACAUAGUGUGUUCGCUACCAUCGCUUCAGCGAUGGGCAGAAGUACGAGUGUACACAGGUUUUCUGUGCUUCAGGGCAUUGGCCUUCUGGCUAUAAACUGCUAUAGGUCGUCAUGCAGCUAUUAUUUCCUACUCCCACAUGUGCACUCCCAGCAUGUGAAGUUUUCUGUUGACCCUGGUGCACAGUCAGUAACAAGUUUGCCUCUGUUAUGAUGUCCCCAGUGGAAUUCUACCUCAAUCAUGAAAAUCACAAUUUUUUAAUGUCCUUGGUACCUGUACCUGUACAUGUAUUGCUCUCCUUUCCAUUGCUAUCGCCGCACAGUGAAUCUACCGGAAACCCCUUGGAAAAGAUGUUUGUGUGCGUGA